GUACGCGAUUCUGAACUUUAGGUAGUCGACAGCCGGUUGUUGUAAGCAAGAAACGUAUCAUGUUGAAUACGAUCAGACAAAUUGUAUUGUGCGCAAACAAACGACAUGUUUUGGAACAAAUUAGAUGUGCUUCACAAGCAUUGCCACAACUUUCAGCUGAAAAAUAUAAUGUUAAAAGGAAAGCCUUUGCAACAGUGCAGAGUACAGAUGUUGACUAUUUCAAGUCGAUCCUGGGAAAUGAGAGGGUGCUGACCGAUGAUAACGAUGUUACGCCAUUUAACAUCGAUUGGAUAAAGAAUUGCCGAGGACAAUCGAAAGUGGUUUUGAAGCCAAAGACAACAAAAGAGGUUUCACAAAUCCUAUCAUACUGCAAUCAGAGGAAGCUGGCGGUAUGUCCUCAAGGUGGAAACACAGGUCUCGUCGGCGGAUCGGUCCCAGUUUUCGAUGAAAUUGUAGUCAACUUAAUGCUAAUGAAUAGUAUAGUCACGUUGGAUGAAAUAUCGGGCGCGUUAAUCUGCGAGGCGGGAUGUAUCCUGGAAACUCUGGACAACCACGUGCGCGAGCGCAACCUGAUCAUGCCAUUGGACCUGGGAGCCAAAGGCACGUGUCAGGUGGGCGGCAACGUCAGCACCAACGCCGGCGGGCUUCGACUCCUGCGCUACGGAAAUCUACAUGGCUCUAUAUUGGGAUUAGAAGCUGUAAAAGCAGAUGGUACAAUCAUAGAUUGCCUCAAAACACUGAAAAAAGACAACACAGGAUACCACUUGAAGCAUUUAUUUAUUGGUUCCGAGGGCACAUUGGGUAUGGUCACGAAAGUUGCAAUACACUGCCCUGUUUUGCCCAAGGCUGUGACUGUUGGAUUUUUUGGUGUAAAAAGUUUCGAUAAUAUUCUGAAAUUAUACAAGAGUGCCAAAUCAUCAUUAGGAGAAAUUCUGUCUGCGUUUGAAAUGGCAGACCACGACGCUAUUUCUAUUACAGUCAAAAAUCUCAAUCUGCCAAACCCAAUAUCAGAAUACCCGUUCUACGUGUUGGUGGAAACGCACGGAAGUGAUGAAGGGCAUGAUGGUGAGAAACUCACACGAUUCCUGUCGAAAGAAAUGGAAAGUGGUCUAAUAUUAGAUGGCACUGUUACGUCUGAACCGGGCAAGAUGCAGACGAUAUGGAAUCUCAGAGAGAGCAUAGCUGGCGCUGGUCUGGUUCAGGGAUACGUGUUCAAGUAUGACGUGUCUAUUCCCCAGAAGCAUUAUUACGAUUUAGUGCCGAAACUAAAAGAACGCAUGGGCGACAAGGCAACCGUUGUGUGUGGCUAUGGACACGUGGGCGACGGCAACAUCCACAUCAACGUGAGCGUCCCGGAGUACACCCGCGAGGUGGUUUCCCUUCUGGAGCCCUACGUGUUCGAGCAGGUGGCGGCGCUGCAGGGCUCCAUCAGCGCCGAGCACGGCGUCGGCUUCCGCAAGCCGCACUACAUCCACUACAGCAAGGAUGAAUCCGCGCUGCGCCUCAUGAGGGACCUGAAAACGCUCAUGGACCCUAACGGAAUCCUCAACCCGUACAAAGUCUUGCCAGAAGUUGAUUAACACUUCCAAAUCACGCGCAAUCACGUCGUAACUAAUCUUCCGAUGGUUAAAAAAAAUGUGUGAUAACUUUUAGUAAGCAACUAAAUAAAUAAAAAAACUUUUGUAUUAAUUUACAGAUGUGUAAAUAAUUAGAAAUAAAUGUGUAACCACUGAAAUAAAAAU